ACAGUCAGUUCAUUUCUAGCUUUCUGGCUGGGUAGUCGUGUGGAUCUUCGGAUUCUCCAGGUGGGAAUCAUAAAAGAGACCCAUUAUCUUGCGUGGAAUUCGCUCAUUUAAAUUCGAGACGAACCAUGAAGUGCCUGAUAGUGUUUGCGGUGAUUGUGGCCCUGUUUGGUGCCUUUGCCGGCUACGGUUACCUGGUGUUCACGGAUCUCACAAAGCCGCUGCCCAAACCGGAGUUCAAGGAUGACACUUAUUGGGGCCCAGGCGAUGUCAAGGACUAUAAGCCGGACACCAAGCUCUAUGAAUUCAAACUGAAUGUGCCACAGGAGGAGAUUGAUGAUCUUAGCCAGCAGCUGAAUCGCACUCUGAAGCUCACCGAACCGCUGGACGGAAUUUCCUUUGAGUAUGGCUUCAAUACCUAUGCCUUGGAGCAGUUUGUGGACUACUGGCGGGACAAGUACCUGACCAAGUGGGAUGAGCGUCAGGCUUUGUUUAACUCUUUUAAGCAGUACACCACCGAGAUUCAGGGUCUAAACAUCCACUUUAUCCAUGAGAAGGCCUCGCCGGAGGCCCAGGAGAAGAAGCAUGUGUAUCCCCUGCUGCUGCUCCAUGGCUGGCCGGGAUCAGUGAGGGAGUUCUUUGACUUUAUCCCCAUGCUCACCAAGGAAACCAAUAUUACGGACUAUGCUUUCGAGGUGGUGGCACCUUCUCUGGUGGGCUAUGGCUGGUCUGAUGCCGCCACCCGUCCCGGCUUCAAUGCCGCCGAAAUGGCCACCGUAAUGCGCAACCUUAUGCUGCGUUUGGGCCACAAGAAAUUCUUCAUCCAAGGCGGUGACUGGGGCAGCAUUAUUGGCAGCAAUAUCGCCACUCUUUACCCAGAGAAUGUCAUUGGUUAUCACUCCAACAUGUGUGUUCUGCACUCUCCCCUGGCCAUCCUCAAGGGCAUCUAUGGCAGCUUCUAUCCGGAGAAGUACCUGCCCUCGAGAUUCUUUUUUGAUCAUCAUUUCCCCAUUUGGGACAAGUGGCUGGAGCUGCUUAAGGAGAGCGGCUACUUCCACAUUCAGGCCACCAAGCCGGAUACUAUUGGAGCUGCCUUGACCUCCAGCCCGGUGGGUCUAGCUUCGUACAUCCUAGAGAAGUUCCAGACCUGCACAAAUCCUGGUUUGCAGCAGGACUUUGGUGCCAUUGUCACGGUCUUUGGUCUGGAGGCGGUGCUAGACAACCUGAUGGUUUACUACCUGACCAACUCGGCCACCACAGCGGGGCGUUUCUAUCUGGAGAAUGUGUCCAAGGCGUACCGGGAUCUGCAACUGGACAGGGUUCAGUCACCCGUUCCCAUGGGCUGUGCCCGCUUCCGCUAUGAUCUGCCUUCGGUUACGGACUGGCAGCUGAGGGACAAGUUCCCCAACCUAAAGCACUCCAUGUACUUCCAGCAGGGCAGCCACUUUGCUGCUCUGGAGAUGCCAGCUAUGCUCUAUAAUGACUUUACCGCCUUUGUGGGCAAGCUGGGUCUGCAUGGCGAGCAGCCAAAAUAAAUUUUUUAUAUUUUAUGUUUUUACUAAAA